AUGUCAAUCCUAUGUGGCUGCCCUCUCAUUGAGUGCGUUUACUGUCUGGCAUGUACCCGCUGGGCUUGGAAGCGAUGCCUCCACACAGCGGGUCAUGACAGUGAGACUUGGGGCAUUGCCACUGCUGAAGAAUUCGAGCCUGUUCCUCGCCUUUGCCGCUACAUUCUAGCUGUUUAUGAAGAUGACCUUCGUCAACCCCUUUGGGAGCCCCCUGGUGGGUAUGGAAUUAAACCAGAUUGGUUAAUUUUGAAAAAGACAUAUGAAGAUACUCAAGGACAAGCUCCUCCAUAUAUAUUAUAUCUUGAUCAUGACCAUGCUGAUAUAGUUCUUGCCUUCAGAGGCCUUAACUUGGCAAGAGAAAGUGACUAUGCAGUUCUUAUGGAUAAUAAGCUGGGCAAGAAGAAAUUUGAUGGCGGUUAUGUUCACAAUGGGCUAUUGAAAGCCGCUGAAUGGGUUCUGGAUGCAGAAUGUGAGAAUUUGAAAGAUUUGGUAGAGAAGUAUCCAAAUUAUACUUUGACUUUCACGGGACACUCCCUAGGGUCCGGUGUAGCAGCAUUGUUAACAAUGGUGGUGGUGCAGAGCAGGGAUAGGUUGGGGAACAUUGAUCGGAAGAGGGUUAGGGGCUAUGCUAUUGCACCUGCGAGGUGUGUGUCAUUGAACUUAGCUGUCAGAUAUGCAGACGUCAUCAAUUCUGUUGUGCUUCAGGCAACUACACCCUUGGAAGACAUUUUCAAGUCACUUUUCUGUUUGCCAUGCCUACUAUGCAUACGAUGCAUGAGGGACACAUGCAUCCCUGAGGAGAAGAUGCUCAAAGAUCCAAGGAGGCUGUACGCACCUGGCCGCCUCUAUCACAUUGUUGAGAGAAAGCCUUUUAGGUUAGGAAGGUUUCCCCCAGUGGUCAAGACUGCAGUGCCCGUAGAUGGGCGAUUUGAGCACAUAGUUCUUUCUUGUAAUGCCACUUCAGACCAUGCCAUCAUUUGGAUAGAGAGAGAAGCCCAAAGGGCUCUAAAGUUAAUGUUGGAGAAAGAUCAAAUUAUGGAGAUACCGCCGAAGCAAAAAAUGGAGCGGCAGGAGACGUUAGCCAAAGAACACACUGAGGAGUACAGGGCUGCAUUACAGAGGGCUGUCACGUUGGCCGUGCCUCAUGCAUAUUCACCAUCUAUGUAUGGAACUUUUGAUGAGAAGGAUGAGGAGGAGCAUUCAUAUGGAUCCAGUGGGGAAUCUUCUUUUAGUUCCGCUAAGAAAAGCAAGACAUUUGUUGCGCGUAGCAGGAAGGAACUAAGGAGUGAGGAAGCCAACAAAGAAACUUUCAUACACUUUGGCCACUCAGUUCAUUCUAACAGAAUUGACCCUUCACGGGCUGUCCAACUAUCUUGGCGACCAAGGGUCUUUUUAUAUCAAGGUUUCCUAUCAGAUGAGGAGUGUGACCACCUUGUUUCUUUGGCGCAUGGUGGAGAAGAGAAUUCAUUGACAGAAUAUGAUGAUUUAGGAAACACCAACACAAUCAGGCUGCGUAUAAGUUUACAAAUUCCCUUGAACAUGGAGGAUGAGAUAGUUUCAAGGAUUGAGGAAAGAAUUUCAGCUUGGACUUUCCUUCCUAAAGAGAAUAGCAGAGCUUUACAGGUUUCCCGUAAUGGGGUCGAGGAGGCUGAGAAGAAUAUAAAUUUUUUUGGUAACAAAUCUACAUUGGAACAGAGUGAGCCCUUGAUAGCAACAGUCAUUUUGUAUAUCUCAAACGUCACUCGUGGUGGCGAGAUUCUAUUCCCAGAGUCUGAGCUGAGGAGCGAGGUUUGGUCUGAUUGUGGAAAGAGUAGCAGCAUCUUGAAACCCACUAAAGGAAACGCAAUCCUGUUUUUCACUCUCCGUCCUAAUGCAUCUCCGGAUAAGAGUAGCCCCCAUUCCAGAUGCCCAGUACUUGAAGGGGAAAUGUGGUGUGCCACAAAAUUCAUUUAUGCAAAAGCCAUUGGAGGGGAAAAAGUGUCAUCUGAUUCAGAGAGCAGCGAAUGCACCGAUGAAGACGAUAACUGUCCCAAUUGGGCUUCGAUUGGGGAGUGUCAAAGGAACCCUGUAUUCAUGGUUGGUUCACCUGAUUACUAUGGGACAUGCAGGAAGAGUUGUAAUGUGUGCUGA